AUGGCCGAAAAAAACGAACAAAAUACCUCGCAACAUUUGAAAAAAGCCGACGACGCACAGCAUCCUGAACAGCAUCACAUGAACAGCGCUUCCGAAAAUGUCACAACAAACAACUUCAGUAAAUUUGGAUACGUCCCGGAAGAUGAUAGAAAAAUAUACAUCGGAGGGUUGAAAGAAGAAAUAACUGAAAAAGAUUUAAGUGAACACUUUGGAAAAUUUGGUGAAAUCAAAAAUAUUGAUUUAAAAGUAGAUAUUGCCACUGGUCGGAGCAGAGGGUAUGCUUUCGUUAUGUUCAAGUUAAAAGGAGGCAUGGACAAUGCCUUGGCAUGUAAUAAUCAUGUAAUCAAUGACAUGAAAAUUGAACCUAAAAAAGCUAUACCACAGCGUAUUAAAUUAUUUGUUGGAGGAUUGCGUUCGAGAAUGACCUAUGAUGACAUCAAAAAUUAUUUCAAACGUUACACACCUCAUAUAAUAGUUGAUAUGCCAUUUGAUAGAGUUAAAAACAAACGAAGAGGUUUUUGCUUUGUUACAAUUGAGGACCUGGAGGCAGUAACUGAAAUAUUAAGAUUGCCAAGACAUGUGAUUAAGGAAAAACAAGUUGAUAUAAAUGUAGCAGAUGUUGCAUUUAAGAAUAAGAAAAUGAUGCCUGGUGCUUCGGGAUCUAUGAAUCUUUUGCAAGGGAAUGUUAUGGGCCAAGGAGGUAAAACAGGUUUUCUACCUCAAGCAGAAUACGCCCUCCAUGCUUCUGGUUACCACUAUGGAGGUUAUGAUUAUUAUCAACCAUACACAGAAUACAGUCCAUACUAUUAUUAUAGUUAUGGUUAUCCAAUUUAUGUUGCUGGGGCUGAAGCAGGUAACCAGUCUGAAGGCAAUGGAGCAAGUGGUGUCAAUGGAAAUCAAAUUGUGGAGUAAAAAGUAAACCCUAAAU